ACCAAAAACAAAUGAGCUGAAAAAGGAGAGAAAAGUGGAGCCGGUCUUGGUGUCGAAGGCCCCUCACCAAAAAUAAACACCUCCUCCAUUCUCCCUCUCUCUCUCUCUCUCUCUCUCUCUUUCUUCUCUCUCUCAAUCUGCAAUUCCACACCUCUACAUAAACAUGCACCCACAUUUCUCUCUCUCUCUCUCUCUCUCUCUCUCUCCUCCCCUCUCUCUGAAAACUAAUUAAACUACACUGGACAACGAAUAUUGCCGAAUUGAUUGCGAAUUGACAGCCGGAUCAUUCGGGCUAGAGAGAGAGAGGAGAGAGAGGGAUCAUGUCGUGCUCGUCGUCGAGUGGCUCGUCGGAGGAGGACGAGGGAAUCGAUUCCUACCGCAAAGGAGGCUACCACGCGGUCAGAAUCGGCGAUUCUUUCAACGGCGGCCGUUACAUCGCGCAGAGGAAGCUCGGCUGGGGCCAGUUCUCCACCGUCUGGCUCGCUUACGACGUCCAAUCCUCCAGAUAUGUUGCUCUUAAGAUCAUGAAAAGUGCGCCACAAUUUGCUCAAGCUGCCCUCCACGAAAUCGAAGUUCUUUCUGCUAUUGCUGAUGGUGACCCCUCAAAUAGUAAGUGUGUGGUAAGAUUAGUUGAUCACUUCAAGCACACUGGUCCAAACGGACAGCAUUUGUGCAUGGUCCUUGAGUUUCUUGGGGAUAGCCUUCUUCGGCUGGUCAAAUAUAACCAUUAUAAAGGCCUCCAGUUGAACAAAGUAAGGGAGAUAUGCAAAUGCAUUUUGAUUGGGUUGGAUUUUCUGCACAGAGAACUUGGUAUAAUACACACUGACUUAAAACUUGAAAAUAUUCUUCUGAUUUCCACAAUUGAUCCUGGGAAAGACCCAAUUAAGUCUAGUCUCGUCCCAAUACUUGAAAGGCCGGAGGGAAAUCCGAAUGGUGGAGUCACUACGAGUAUUAUCGAAAAGAAGUUAAAGAGAAGGGCAAAGAGAGCAGUGGCGAGGAUAUCUGAAGGACGAGACUCUAUGGUAGGGGCCAGAGAGAGUCCAAAAUCGGAAAGAUGCUUGGAUGGAAUUGAUAUGAAGUGUAAGGUUGUGGAUUUUGGAAAUGCAUGCUGGGAUAGUAAGCGAUUUGCUGAGGAAAUUCAAACAAGACAGUACAGAGCUCCUGAAGUCAUACUUCGCUCUGGGUACUCCUUCUCAGUUGAUAUGUGGUCAUUUGCUUGCAUUGCCUUCGAGCUUGCUACAGGAGAAAUGAUGUUUACUCCCAAGAGUGGACAAGGAUUUACUGAGGAUGAGGAUCAUCUUGCUCUAAUGAUGGAGCUACUCGGAAAGAUGCCACGAAAGAUAGCAAUUGGUGGGGCCCUCUCCAAAGACUACUUCGACAGACACGGGGAUCUGAAGAGGAUCCGGAGGCUGAAAUACUUGUCGCUUGAUCGAUUACUGAUCAACAAAUACAAAUUUUCGGAGACCGAUGCUGUCGAAUUUGCGGCGUUUCUUUCUCCACUUCUGGAUUUUGCUCCGGAGAAGAGACCAACUGCUCAGCAGUGUCUGCAAGACCCAUGGAUCAAUUUCAGGAAUCUGACAUUAAAAAACAAAGCAAAGAGCGAAUCUAGUAUUGAAAAAGUAGGUGUUGGGAUGGGCAAACUUCAAAUUAAGGUGGGCAAGUAAAGCAGGGACACCUCUUGAUGUUCCUCCCUCCGGCAAUCUGUAAACAGCAUUGGCUGUGAUUUGUUUUUGUGAAUAAGAUUUUGGUCGGUUGGACGAAUUUUUGAUAAUAUAUAUGAUUUUUUUAUGAGAAAUAUGUAAAAA